AUGUUUGUUUUUCAGUUAGAGAGUUAAAAAUUGAAUAGAAUGAACCGAUUGGACCGAAAACCCCCCCCCCCCCCCCCUAAUUAGGACACUGAUGAUAAUGCAAGAUCUCAUGCUAUCUUAGAGACUAAAUAAUUUUUAGAUAAAAGAAAGAUUAGAACUCUAAUUCAUCCACCAUAUAGCCCAGGUCUCAAUCCAAUUGAGAAAGUAUGGUCUUGGAUGAAUAGAGAGGUUGAAUAGAGUGAAGGUAGAAUAAUUUGA